UGAACUCCCGAGUGUGCCAGUCCUCCGCCAUAUUGACUGUUGUCUUGACUGGAGGAGAUAGAGAACAUUUUGAGGUCCGAGAAGAAACGAAAGUGUGCCCCAAAAACCACCGAAACUGGUGCAAACUUGGCCAAAGCGCACCGUAAACACCGCGGCAAUGGCGAGGAAGAAAAGCAAGCAGCAAGGGGUCGCUCAGAAAGAGCUGGCGCCCGGAGAGCAGACCGCACCGAAGAGCCCCGUCUCUCCCGGCGAUGCAGCUGGCGGUGGCGGUGGAGAUGCUGGGCUGGAUCGGCUGGCCACCACCAGGGCGAACCAGCCUAUGCACACCUGCUGCCUCCUGUGCCACCGUGAAUUCAAGGACUGGGGAGCAAGCUCCACAAACGGACUCCCUGGGGGCCACGGGACCAAGUUGGCUGACGCUGUACCUGCGCUCUCCCAGGCCUUAUUGCGGGAGGCGCCGGGGCGUAAGCUCGCAGAUGCCGUGCCCUCGCUGUCUCAGUCCCUGCUGGGAGAGGUGCCUCUGUGGAUCUGUCAGAGCUGCUGCAAGAGUGUGGAAGAGGAAGAGAGGCGGAGCAGCCAGGAGCAUCCGACGCCGGUACCAUUGUCACACUCUUCCUCUUGUAAGUCCCAGAGCUGUGGGAAUGGUUACCCGGAGCAAAGUACUGUAGACUGGGACCCGAGUUCCUUCCUGUCAGCCCACAAACUGUCAGGUCUCUGGAACUCUGCCCACACCAAUGGAGGGGAACACUGCAACCACAAUGCUUCUUCACACUCACAACAAGGUUUAACACCGGGAUCAGCCUUUCACGAGAAAAGAGGGCUUCAUGAAGCACCUGGGAAAUCUGCGAAAUCAUCAGGGACCAAAGUCUGUCCCUACAGUCAUCCGUCAUCCCAAAAUUCCAGUGGAUCCUCUGCUGGGAACCCCCUCUCUACCUCAGCAGACCUUUGUAAAACCACUCCUAAGCACUUCAAGACCAUGUGCCGGCGACCAACGCCACCAGGUGAAGCCUUCCACCCCAGUGACCACCAUCAACACACAGACUUGUCGGUACCCCCCAACAGUCCCACCGGCCUGUCGUCCCAGCAUUCCUCCCUCCUGUCCCCAAAGCCGAACUCUGGGCAGCACGGUCACGUAACCUCCUCGUCUGGCACCAGUCUGGCCGCCCAUGCAGCGCACGCUCCCUUCUCCCCGCUGGUACCGAAUCUCCACGGCCCUACAGCCAAACUUAAUUCUCCCAGUCCGGACAGCCCAACACCUGUCCACAAGCCCAGCUCGUGCAAAAACUCCCACAUUCCUGCUGUGAACACGCAACACAACAAACUGGGCACGUCUUUAGUAGGCUGUAACCACCCCUGUAAUGGACACAGUCAGGGAACGGUGGCCACUUCCAAUGUAGGUCAUCUGACAGCUGGGGCCUGCAGGGACCAGGCAUGUAAGGGGCACAAAAUGACUAAUGGGACGCUGUGUCAUCCUCCGUCCGAGCUAGAGGAGGGGGAAGAUGAAGACAGCAGCUCUGAGAGGAGCUCCUGCGCUUCCUCUUCCACCAACCAGAAGGACGGGAAGUACUGCGACUGCUGCUACUGCGAGUUCUUUGGACACAAUGCGCCUCCAGCUGCACCAACGAGCAGAAACUAUGCUGAGAUCCGAGAGAAACUCCGCUCACGUCUGACCCGACGUAAAGAGGAGCUGCCUCAGCGUCAAGAUUCUGAACUGACGGUGCCCGAUGUCAUCGACAACAGAGACGUGGACGAGCUGCUAGACUUCAUAAACAGUUCUGAGCCCAAACCUGUGAACAGUGCCAAGGCUGCCAAACGGGCUCGACAUAAACAAAAGAAGAAGGAAAAAGCUCAGCAGGGCAACAUGGGUGCUGCAGGCAGUGACCCCCACUCCGAUCCAUCUGAGCCUGUCGACGAGCCCAUUCCUGAUGGUUCUGAAGCCAGCCGGUUGCUGGACUGGCCUCAGCUGGAGCUUGAGCGUGUCAACAGUUUUCUCACCAGUCGGCUGGAAGAGAUUAAGAACACCAUCAAAGACUCAAUCCGGGCCUCUUUUAGCAUGUAUGACCUCAAUCUGGAUGUCAAUGACUUCCCAAAAAAGGCAGCCACGUUGGAGGGCAACCAUUUACUGUCCCAUCUCAAUGGUUCCUCGGACCUGCAGCAGAUAGACCUCGACCUUGCUCCUCUUUCACUGGGAUCGUUUAAGAGCCACCUUGAUUUGGUUAAUGGCUGGGAGGACACAAGUGCUGUCUCAUCUCCUAAUACUACCAUCACUACAGCGUCAGGAGUCACUGUUGGGUCAAAGGACAUCCAGCGGUUGCACACAACCCCCAGUCUCUCAAAACUCAUAAGGGUUCGCUCUCCAGAAAGAUGCACGUCUACUGGAUCUGACAAUUUGCCUCAGGUGCCAGCCCUAGCAACGGCGAAAUCAAAGGAGGACACGUCUGAUCCCAAGAACGCAGCUGUUGGGAACGGUGGUGCAAAGUCGAAGAAGAAUAAAAAGCAACAGCAAAGACAGGAGCAAUCUCUGUCGGAGCAAAAUUCCAGCAAACCAAUCAAAGCUUCCACCGGGACUGAAACACAGAAACCUAGCGAGUUUAAAGAAAUGGCUUUGAAUGGCUCAAAAGUCGGGAGCAAACAACUGCAGCACUCUGCAGACAACCUGAGGAACGGACCUAAGAAGGUCGAGGAGGGCAGAUCAUCCAAACAGGCAGCAAAUGGAGCAAACAGUGGCCUCUCGAAUGCACAAAGGGGGAAAGGUGACACAGACACACGGGGAAGUCGAGCUGAGUCAGAUGCAGAAAGCAAAGCUCAACCCACUGUUACAGCAAAUGGGCAACAACAGCUGCAGCAGCAAUCCAAGGGGAAGAAUAAGAAGAACAAGAACAAGGGUGAAAAAUCCAGCAGUAAUAUUGAUGAUGUAUUUCUCCCUAAAGAUGUGGAUCCAACACAAUUGGAUGAGAUCGAUAGGGAAGUGGAAUACUUCAAAAGGUUUUGCCUUGAUUCUGCAAAACAAACUCGCCAGAAGGUAGCAGUGAAUUGGUCCAACUUCAGCCUCAAAAAGGUUCCUUCCAAUGCAGCUCAAUAACUUGGAUGAGUGCCAGAGAUAAAAAAAAAAAACUCACCACACAGUCUUUCAGUAGACCGUUAUUUGGCCUAAGGCUUUCUCUCAUUCCCCGUUUUCUUCUCAUCCUUACUAAGCCAAGGGGCCCUGGUUCAAAAUCAAACUCCAUUCAUUCAGAAGACUGAAACAUAACUUGUGGCUAAGUAGCCAGGGAUCUGUCUCGAGGCCGACUCGACCCUCUGCUCUUAUUGCAAUGUUCACUAAAUGAGAGAUGCAAAAAUGGAAAAAAGUCUGACUCCACUGCAUCUAUGUGCUCACGUAUGUAGUAUGUAAACAAUUACCUUACAUGAAAUAAAUGUUUUUAUUACAAAAGCUGA